UAGUUUCCCUGCCUUUCGUAAAGUUCGCACGACAUGAGUGUUCACAAAGCUGUUUCCCGGGUACUGUAAAUCUGCCGCUUCAUGACUCUCCAAGACUGAGCUUGUUGGAUGGAAAAAGAGAGCAAGUCAACAAUGAACCCCUGUACCUCAAUGAACCCCUAAAAAAGUUAUUGUGAAAAGUGUUUGCCUUCAGGAAUGCACGGUUCAAGUUACUGUUCACAGCCACGUUGAAGGACUCACACGUGCAGGACGCGGAAAACUAUCGCCUUUCAAGCAGAGGGCAGCCAUUACCUCAUCAAGCUGAAGGGCCGUAACGGAGGACGACGACAUAUAUUCCAGCGUCCUGUAAUCUAACCCUUGCGGUAAUGAGAUCGUAGCAACACCUAGACCAGGCUUCUUGGCACCUCCAGUCUCGUCUUGGAGCUGAGGGCGAAGGAACCAACUGUUGACUACUCUGCGCUCCUCACACUUCUGCUCGCUCGCCUCCGCCUCGUCCAGCUGAUAGCGAGAUAGAAAUUAUCUCUUCCAGGACACAACCCUCGACAGACUUGGACUUUCAUAGCGGAUUUCCCACUUGCAGUUAUCCUAUGUAUCGUUGCUUGUAAAGUUUCUUGCUAUCGUUCGGUGGUCUCCCUUCGCUCAUGUGCCGCAAGAUCUUCCUGAUGGGGCACUGGGGGCUGAAGGGCAGGGCGGGGCUACGUGCUCUGAUCCUCACGAUCUCCGGUUUCCUUAUCAUGUCCAUCAUUUCCUCCACAAGUGUCUUAGUGUUUCCCGCGAAAGACGCAUCGGUCAGCACCGGGAGCAGAGUGAGGCGGGAGGUGUGGCAGGACGCGCCGCUGCUGCUCACGCCACUUAACUCCUCCUUGAUUGACGCCGAGAACGAGCACUACUACAUGAAGCAUGGGGCCGUCUGGAUGGGAACGCUCAGGUGUCCCAUGUCGGCACCUUCAGAGGAGGGAACUUACCUUCGACUGCCGGACUUCUUCAGCCCAGAUAACGAGUGGCGCCGCAACGACAAGAACAUCCUGAUGGCAGAGACUUCGUGCAACCCUAAGCCGCCCUACAGAGCCUGGUGCGCUGUGGAAAGCAUGGCGCACCAGAACCCGUCGCUGAGGGUGUGGUACGUCAUGACGGCGGCGGCGGUGGAGGGCAGCGACGGGUUAGCGACGGCCCUGGUGCAGCGCUACCCUAACCUACGUCCCGUCACCGCCGACCUUCGCCGCCUGUUCACCGACACCCCCCUCCAGCACGUCUACAACACCUGUGCCUGGUGCUACAAUACUACGUGGCCUGCAGUGAACCUGAGCGACAUGGUGCGUUUGGCCCUGGCGUGGACGGCCGGAGGGAUGUACAGCGACACAGACGUUGUGUGCAUCAAGUCCGUCGCCUCCCUGCAGAAUGUGCUCGGCCUCAGCGACGACUACAAGCUCAUCAACAACGGUGUCUUCCACUUCCACAAGCGUCACCCCCUCCUCAGGAUUUUCAUGGAGACUAUCGCAGAGAACUUCAAGGGUAAUCAGUGGGGUGAGAUCGGUCCCCAGGCACUGACGAGGGCCACGAACAAGACUUGUGGAUGGCACAAGCUGGUGGUGGGCAGCAAGUGCAAAGGCGUCACCCUCCUCUCCCCCAAGGCCUUCUAUCCCAUUGGGUUCGGUGCCUGGAAAAACGCGUUCAGCCAAAUUGCCGACGUCACUCUAAAUAAGAUGUACCCGGACUCGUACCUCAUACACAUGUGGAACAAGGUGAGCCACGAUAAACCAGUGAGGAAGGGCUCCGGCUCUAUCUACGACACUGCGGCGAAGACACUCUGUCCACUCAGUUGGAAGACGGCCACGAAAAACUCCCUCCAGUUCUGAACACUCGUCAGCGCCUUCUGCAACGUGAUAUGUCGCCAGAGAUCUCGUCCUCUUUCAUUAUUUUCCAUAGUCACCUUACUACUGCCAUAACUGUACCGUCUAAGUUAAGAAAGGCCCGAAUGAUUCACUGCCUUGUCCGCUGCGUGUAUUAAUAAAACAGCUGAUAGAAUUGACAAAAGAAUCGUUGUACUGUAGAGGAACACUGUUGGUGGAACGACUGAACGUGCUGUUUAUAAUGGUGGGAUCGCAUGCAUGAAAAAAGUGUUGUAUUGCCACAUUUCUUUGUUCAUUUCCUCUCUUCCAUUUUUUCUUCCCUCCUCCCUAUCCAUCCUUCUCCCUCCUCACUUGACAGCACAUUACCGGUACAUAGGAUUAUAACUCUACGAAACCACAUCAACUGCUCGAAAAUUGCUAGAUUGCUUGCAUCAAGAAAGUGCUUAUUUCGACGUGGGAGCCGUCGUCAGACAACAUGCAAUGCCAGGUCCGGAAAACAGUAAGCAAACUACUUUUAGCAACCCGUUGCGUUUGUCAUCUCUAGGUCAUCGCCCACACUCCCUUGGAAUCUUUGUCAGCCAAAACGUGAUAGACGAUGACAAAAGAAAAGUCCGUCGACCCUCACCGACCCGGGAGGUGUUGGAACGUUUCUUGUGCACAAAAGAGAAGAGCAGGAACCAAGGACUGCUGACGCGGAGAUUAUUACUUAUGAGGAAUAAAAGGAACAUAAAAACUUACUACAAUUUUAUCGCACCAAAAAAAGUGAAGUCUACAGCCAGCUUAUUUUUGAUGGCGCCGAAACACGUUGCCUUCCAGACUGAGUGUCACUGUCAUACAUGUUUGUUCUGUUUUGUUUUAUGGUUUAUCGGUGAACGGAGCUAUAUCAAGGUCUCUCUCUCUCUCUCUCUCUCUCUCUCUCUCUCUCUCUCUCUCUCGCACACACACACACACACACACACAGAUACCAAACACACACACACACACACACACACACACACACAAAGGUGUCCGGAAGACGCUGCUUAUAGUGAAGUGUCACCUUCCUCCCGGAAAAGUGAAGCAUAAACUUUAUUACCAAAUCUCUUGAAAAGAGUUAGUAAGGAAAUGUAUUAAAAUAAAUCAGACCUUUUUACUUUUAUGAAUAUCCCGUGUUUUUAUUCUGAUGUCUAUAAUUUAUUAAAA